AUGGCGGCUGUGCCGCUGCUGAUGAUGACGAUGCUGACGGCGGCAGCAGUGAGUUCUCGAGUCGCCAUGGUGCUGAUGGUGACAAAUCCAGAUGAGGUGAUCACGAAGCUCAUGUCCCAGCCCCUCUUUACCGGCGAGUUGCGCAGCAGGAUCAUCCAUCGACUCCGGGGAUCGCUUUUUAACCUUGUGAGAGACAAGCACGGGUGCUGGAUCGUCCAGCAAGGUCUUCAGAGUGGAGGCUUGGAGUUCGUGGAGGCUCUUGUGGUGGAGCUUCGCGGCCGCGUGCUCACCUGCUCUCGCCACAUGUACGGCAACUUCGUGUUGCAAAGGUGCAUCGAGGUUUUCCCCGCGAAAGCGGUGCAUCCCAUGCUUGGAGAGCUGGUGGGCAACGCGGUGGCGGCCUCGCUCAACCUCUAUUCCGGGCGCGUGCUUCAGCGCACCAUGGAGCAUUGCAACCAUGAGAACGAGCACAUGAAGCAGAUCCUGGAUUCCUUGCUGGAGUCGGAGGCUUUGGGAAGGCUCGUGACCAGUGCCCAUGGGCACAACGUGCUCCGCUCCAUGCUCCUCCGUGCCAGCGCACCCCGUGUACAGAGCCUCGUCGCCUUCUUCUUGGAAGGUGACCUUCUGAGCUGUGCCCGGAAUCGACAUGCCAGCCUCGUCCUCGAGAGCUGCCUGGAGGCCCUGUGCCGGCCGGACCUGGCAGAGCCCUUGCGGCCGGACAGGGGUGCCCUGGUAGAGCGCAUCUUGGGCUCGGAGGGCGAGGAUGAUCCGCUCUUCGUCAAGGUGGCUUUGGACCGCUUCGGCAAUUACGUGUGCCAGCGCGUCAUCGUCAUCUCUCAGGGAGCUGAGGCCCAGAGGGUUCUUAGCUUGAUUGCUCUAAUGGGCCCCAAGCUUCGCCGCACCACAAACGGCCGCCACAUCCUGCAAGCGGCUCGAUCGAAGUUUGGCCCGCUCGAGAACAAGAGCAAAGAGAGCAAAGCCUGA